CGGUGGAGUGCAUUCUCUUCAACGAGGAAUACAUGACCUGCACGUGGGGAAGCAGAGAGAUGCUCACGGCCAACUACUCUCUCUACUACUGGUAUGAGAACGAGUCGCCCGUGAUGGAGUGCAAGCACUACCUGCAGGACCGGGGCAUCAGCGUUGGCUGCCUCUUCAAUCAGAGUGAGAUCAUCCAGUUCCAGCCUUUUCGUGUCCUCGUCAAUGCCAGCCUCAGCGGCAGGACCCUGGAGAUACCCAGCGAGCGCAUGGAGCUGCAGGACCUGGUGAAACCGGAGGCACCCGUCAACCUGACCAUCCGCAACAUGAGCAGCAACCAGCUGCAGCUGACCUGGUCCUCCCCGUACCCCAAAGCCCAGUGCCUGGAGCAUGCUGUCAAGUACAAAAGCAACAAGGACACCUCCUGGACGGAGCACCUCGUGAAAGGAGACAUAUUCUCCUUCCCCAGCGUGGACUAUGAGAAGUACUACACCUUCUACGUGCGCAGCAAGAUCAACAGCUACUGUGGCAGCACCCAGCUCUGGAGUGAAUGGAGCAUCCCUGUGGUCUGGGGCAGCAACUCCACUGGCAAAGGUGCAAUGGAGGAGCAUCCGCACUUGUUCUGGAUCCACACAGUCUUGAUCCCCACUGCCUCCUGUCUGCUCUUGCUGGUCCUUGUCAUCCUGCUGGUGCGCAUGGAAAGGGUCUGGGUCAUCCUCAUGCCCCGAAUCCCCAACCCCAGCAAGAAGUUUGAUGAGCUCUUCAUCACCCACAAUGGCAACUUCCAGGAAUGGGCUGGCGUCCCCAAAGAUGUUGUGGAGAGCUUCAAGCCAAACUACAGUGAGAACAUCUGCUACGUGAGCGAGCUGUCCCCCAAAGACAGCCAUGAGCCCCUCUGGGAGAGCAGCAACCACCCACCAUCAGCGAUGCUUGGGGCCCUGGCUGAGCCCCGUGAGCACAACCCCCACAAGAACAGCUACGUGGGAGUGUGA